AUGAGUCACGAGCUUAGAGAACAGGACCGUUGGCUUCCUAUUGCUAAUGUUGCUCGUCUUAUGAAAACCACCUUGCCGGCGUCGGCGAAGGUCUCCAAAGACGCCAAAGAGUGUAUGCAAGAAUGUGUUUCUGAAUUCAUCAGUUUCAUCACCAGUGAAGCCAGUGAUAAUUGUUUAGGUGAAAAAAGAAAGACCAUUAACGGAGAAGAUAUCUUGCUCGCGAUGACAGUGUUGGGUUUUGAAAACUACUCCGAGGCAUUGAAGAUUUAUUUGACCAAGUACCGUCAACAACAGGCGUUGAAGCAAGAAAGGGGGGAGACUAGAAGAAGACAGAAGAACACCAAUAACGACAAUGAUAGUAACAAUAUACAGGCGAUCGAACAACAGUUUGAUAAUGGUGCUGCUGCCGAUGCCAAUAUCGCCAGUAAUCAAUUUGAACAGUUCAAUUAUGAUGCGGCAAAGCCGGGAAAUCAGGAAGUGGUUCAAUAUGAUGAUGCUUCCACGCUUUUAGAAUCAUUGAACAAUCAUCAUCAAGGUCACGAAAUCGGCGACGACUCUCAUGGGAAUGGCGCUACUGUGGCAGAUACUUUGUCAGACUUGAAUGUUAAUGCUAUUGUUGGAAGCCAUUUGGUUAAACCAGAAAUUGCACAAGAUCCAAAUCAAUAUUAA